AAUUGGGUUGCCUGUGGUAUUUUUACGGAUUUCCUGUGUCACGGAAAGGAUCGCAGGCUCACAUUUUCAAAAAUGGCGGACGAAGAGGAGGAAUUAAACCCAUCUCAACUUGGUACAAAAGAAUACUGGGACAAUACGUACAAAGAAGACCUACAGACUUACAAAGAUUCUGGUGAUGUUGGAGAAAUUUGGUUUGGUGAAGUAAAUAUGAACAGGAUUGUAAAGUGGAUCAAGAAAUCCCCACAGAUCUCUUCCAACUCCUCUAUGUUGGAUCUUGGCUGUGGCAAUGGCAUGCUAUUCAUUACAUUGGCAGAAAAUGGCUACACCAAUCUUACUGGGGUUGACUACUCUCCUGACUCUAUAAAGCUUGCUSAGUCUAUUGCUGAAAAAGAAAACCUUAACAUUAAUUUUAUGGAGUGUGAUAUAUUAGACUUGGCCAAUAGUGAGCUGUCAGGACUGAAGUUCGAUGUAUGCUUUGAUAAAGGAACGUACGAUGCAAUCAGUCUAAAUCCACAGGACAGAACCAAGUGUAGAGCGGCGUACAUACAGUCUGUAUCUUCACUGCUAGAAGACAAAGGAGUCUUUAUGAUUACAUCAUGUAACUGGUCCAAGGAUGAGCUUUUAAAGCAGUUUGAGAAAGAUUUUGUUCUUCGCGAUGAACUUCCUACACCAUCUUUCACUUUCGGAGGAAAUUCAGGCAACACCGUGACGUCACUUGUCUUUAACAAGAGAACUUGACAACUGCAUCGUAACGUUACAUUUGGUAGUAUGUGAUUGGAAAGAAGCGCAUCCUUUCUGGGACAAUUCUAAUACCGGUGUUUAUAGAUGCAUCAAGUCCACUUCGACCAACUCAAGCAGAUAUCAAUCUUCCUCUUCGUGCCUAGUGGCACAUAGGGCCUUUAUAGAGUUUCUCCAUUCCACUCUGUCAGCCGCCUUUGUCCGCACCUCUUCCCACGUCUUCCACCCCGCCUCUCCUCUUUCCUUCUCUAUAGUUCUUGUCUAAGUUGUUUUCGGUCUUCCUCGUUUCCUCUUCCCUUCAAGUGCCCAGGYCAUGGCUAUGUAACUGUGACGUUCUCGGUCUUGUCUCAAGACUUGGCCUAUCAUCUUCCACUUUCUUCUCUUGACUUCUGUAUUCAGUUGUUGUAUGUUUGCUCUUUUACGUACUUCUUCAUUACUGAUUUGGUCUCCCACCUUAUCUUCAAAAUUCUCUUCAAGCAUUUAAGUUGGAAGACAUCCAGCUACUUACCAUCUUCCUUAUUCAUCUUCCAUGUUUCACAACCGUAUAAUAAAGCCGGCAGUACCAGUGUUCAAGCAGAUAUCACUGGAAAAAAUCGCGCGCUUUAAAGGUUGUAAAUUUGAUGUAAAUAUGAUGUAAGUGUCCAAAAUUCUGUAAAUUUGAUGUAAAUGAUUUCCAUUAAAUUUACAGAAUUUUGGACACUUACAUCAUAUUUACAUCAAAUUUACAACCUUUAAAGUGUGCCAUUUUUUCCAGUGUAUUCAUGACUAUUUUUAGCUGAAUAUAUUGAAUUCCAUCGUUUUUAACUAUAUAUGUUGGAUUAAACAGUAUACAAAGUUAUCUAAAGAUGGCUUAUUUAAAACACACACACAAACCUGUAUGUCUUGUUUCAAUUUGAACUCAAUACUCAUAUCUCAACAUUCCUACUUCUGAAAUUUGUCAUCUGCAAGUCACAGACAGCUUUUUUGGCUGCUUGAGUCCCGUUAGCAUGGUCAUACAAAAUCGUAUUAGAAAUGGCGUCUUCUAGACAAAGAAAACGUGAAGAAUGCCGAGUCGCAACUGAUAUGGGACGUUUUAGAAAACACUACUGGACAACCUAAGAAUAACUGAUACAUGUUGACUUCAACAUGAUUAAAGCUUGAGUUAAAGGCAAAAUAUUUUUAUAAAACGUAUUGCUUCUUGCUCCUAUUAAUGCAAAAUUUGGAUAGAAAAAAGUAUUAUUACGUUUUCCCUGCUUAGCUGACCAGUCUAACUAUCGGUUGAAGCAGUUCUUCACAUGCUCCCGUAAGGGUAACCCCGAAAGCCCCCGAAUAACAAAGAGGCAGUGUCAAACAGACCAUGUAAAAGUAGACGAUCAUGGAUCGCUUACGUGGGCUUCAUGUAGCUGCGACAAUGGUCAGCUGCCGCCAUUGAGCUAUAGGUAUUUCAUUUUCACGAUAAAGUCUUUGUUUGAAAUAGGUCAAUAUUAAUAAUAACUAGAUGCUCUUGGAGCGUGAAGUCGGGCUAGUUAUUUUGGAAAAUUGAGACAGGAUAUUACAUAGGUGCGCGUAUAGGAGAACGAGUGAAAUAGUCCAUUCAAUCUAUGACAUAAAAUGGGUCAACCCAUCACUAAUUGCAACAGAAGGUUUUUCAACGGUUUUCAUACCAGAAAACCUUUCUCUAUAACAUAUUAAAAUCAUAUAAAAUCGAAGUUGGGGAAUAGGUCGAAAAACGUAACUGAAGAACUCUCUUCCCUAAACGAGGCUGUUAAGCUGUCUUCAUUAAUUCGAUCAAAUGAAAUGUUUAUUAUGAUACAAAAAGUGAAUUUGUAGUUUAGAGUUCAGGUGCUAUGUUAAAGAUUUAGAAAUCUGAAAAUCUAAGAAUUUAAUUCAAGGGAAAAAUGUUAUUUAAUACGUACAUUGCGGACCUGUUAAUCGGCAAAAAUAAUUAUGUACGUACGAGUUUUACCGUGUUCUAUAAGGACAUGUACAUGAUUAAUAUAUAUUACUUAAUUUAUUGUUUGAAUUCGUUAGAUCUACUACUUUAUGGCUUUGUUAAGAAAUGAGUUUGAUAUAAAAAUCUUUGGUAGCUA